AUGAGGAACAAAGGGAAAUUGGCCCUAGGCCGACUAGGGGUGAUGAGGGAUAAUGUUGAAGCACCCGUAGAAGUGGGUAAAGGUUCUGUGGCAUUGGAGUUGAAUCGUUUAUUGCAAAGCGCCGUGAGGGCAACGAUUGCCGCUCAAUCGCAGUCGACACUACAACCUACAGUUCAAGUUGAGGAGACGUCAGCUCAGAAGCGUCUUAAGAUCAUUAAAGGGUUUUCUCAGUUGAUGCCGGUUAUGUUUGAAGGCGGUGCGGAUCCAAUGAUAGCAGACGACUACAUGGACCAAGUUGAGACUCAGUUGACUUUAAUGGAUGUGACAGAAGAUCAUUUGAAGAUCAUCCUAGCAACUUACAAGUUUGCUAAGGAUGCUAAGCUCUGGUGGAAAUCAGUCACGAGUCGGUUUAAGGUGGAAAACAUGAGUUGGAAUAAAUUCAAGGAGCUAUUUUAUGAGAAGUAUUUUCUGAUUUCCAAAAGAUGGGAGCUAAAAGAUCAGUUUCUUGGCCUCAUCCAAGGCAACAUGUCAGUGGCGGAAUAUGAGAACAAAUUCACUUUACUUUCUCGCUUUGCUCCGGAAAUGGUUUAUUCUGAAGCAGUAGAGAAGGCUUUGAUGCUUGAGGCUGAUAUCAAAGACAAGGAUGUAAGAAGGAAACAGAAGAGAGGUGCAAGGCCAUCUUCAGAAGGAUCUUCUUGGAAGAAGAAUAAGGGUGUGUUAGCAGCCUGGGCAUUACAAGUCCAGCUGUCCCAUGAGAUCGUCUUUAGUUACUUCAGCUCCAAGGGCUUGCUAUGGCAGUCCGGUAUUCAGGGUGGCAGUUCUCAGGCACAGGCACUGCAGGGCCGUGUCUUUGUACUUGAACCGGCUGAUGCAUCUUCUAGACCGUCAGUUCUUAGAGGGUUGGAGGUCAGUUUCAUGGAUCAGGCGUUGUGUGUUGAUACGCCAAUCAGGGUUACGAUAGGUAGAGUUACAGUUUGCACUCCUGAGGGAGAUUGUUUCUUUUUCAUGGGAGAUCGGAGUGAUUCCCAGCCUUCGUCAUUGUAUGGAAUUCGUGAACGAAGUCGUGGAGAUUAUUUCUUAGCUAGUCUUCUAGCCGAGGAAGAUGAUGUUGUGGGAGAAGACUAUCCGGAGGUAGUUCGUGAUUUUCUAGAUGUAUUUCCAGAGGAUUUGAUAGAGUUGCCUCCUUACCGGGAAGUGGAGUUCACUAUUGACUUGGUGUCCGGUACCGCGCCAAUUUCUAUGGCACCGUAUCAUAUAGCACCAGUUGAAUUGGAAUAG